AUGGAACACGAAACCGGCGACGCCUACAUCCGGCGCAUGGCAACCUUCGUGCGCACCAACGAGGCUCGCCUAGCAGAAGGUGGCCCUCCGCGCCGACGACGACCCAGAUCAUCAACAGCGACCAACGGUGCGAUGUACAACCCCGCAUCCUGGUUCUCCGGCGCGACAUCCGCACCCGCCGACAACCGCCCGAAACCGCUUACCUUUUCCAUCGACACGCACCACCUAUUCUACCUCCUCAUCCGAAUGGAAGCGCUCGGCUUACCGGUGGGCUCGCUGGACGUACGAGUGGAGAACGCGAGCAGACCGAUGAGCUAUGUCGGCAUACCAACUACCUCAACGGACUCGGACGUGCUCUCGCUCACGAGCAUCCGGACGUCCCUCUCAGCCGUCUCGCGCCUCUCGCUCGGCGCACCCUUCUGGGGACGCACUCCACCGAAGAGCGUCGACGACGAGCUCAAGUACCUCUACAGCGCCUUCACCAAGCUCCCCGCUCUCAGCUUGAAACCGGCUGGGCCGAAAGUGAUCGCGGAGCUGGCGAAUGAGGCGCCGAAUACGAAUGCCCUGCCGCUUGACGUCUUCAAGAACGUACAAAUACUCGAGAUCACGGAUAUCGACCCUCGUACGCUGCUGGGAUGGGAUCGGCUGGCGGACACGCUCUGGAGUUUGUCGAUCAAGAGGAGCGGAUUGGACGACAUCUCGGAUCUGUUUAUCGGGGCCGUAUUGGAUGACGCGGCGCGUCGUGCGGGGGAGAAGCCGCAGAGGAGGCGACGGACGAUGCAUGGGCCUUCGCGGCAAUCGUCUUUCCACUCGACGCGAAUACCCGACGCAAUCGAUGAAAGCGCCGAGGAUGCGCCGACGCCUACCGUCGAGCGCUCGCCACAACCUCUCUCAGAUGAUCCGACCACACCGACGGCAGUUCGCUCGCCUUCACCGCUCGACAGCCCUUCUUCACCCGACGAGCCGGAGCUUCCGCCAGGCAAAUGGGCUUACAUGCGCCGACUAAGCCUAUCCGACAACGCCCUCACAUUCCUCCCAACUGCUCCCCUCCGCUACUUCACUUCUCUAUCCUACCUCGACCUCUCAUCCAACCUCCUCGUAUCCGUCCCCGACGGCCUCGCAGUCCUCUACAACCUCACCACCCUCGACCUCUCCGACAACAUGAUUGACUCUGUACUAGGAAUUUACAAACGCCUGGGCUCCAUCACCACCCUCUACCUCGCGCAUAAUCGAUUGGACUCUCUAUGCGGCCUCGAGCGCCUCAUGGCUCUUGAGCGCGUGGACGUACGUUCGAAUAUCCUCGACGAUUCCGCCGAGGCAGGCCGUCUCGCUCCUCUUCCUUAUAUCCGCGACGUGAGCGUGUCAGGGAACCCCUUCGCCGAAUACGAGCCCGACUUUAGGAUCAAAGUGUUCGACCACUUCUGGCGCGAAGGGCACGAGAUCAAUCUCGAUGGGUCACCGGCGGGAUUCUACGAGCGCCGGGCGCGCGCCGAGGCGCCUUCGGCACAGAUGAGCUCGUCGCGCCCGGCAUCGACUGCGCCUGCUGCGCCCAGUCCACCAGUUGUAGCUGUGGGCAGCCCGCCGCCUGCAGGUGCGGUAGGAAGUCCGCCGAGCUCGAGUGGGCCCAGUCCUGCGCUUGUGGCGACGAAGCACAAGAAGCGCAAGCCCAAACGGAUCGUCGAUCUCGACGCAGGCGCACCAGCGCCUUCACCACCUACUGCACCCUCGCCUGCGCCCGUAGCCUCUCGGAGUCCACCACUCACGAGACCACCGACCAAGCAUCGACGCUCAGCGACGGAUACCGUCUCCGAUCUACCCUCGACCACAGAAACGCUCGGACGCGCUACGACGAAACGGAAGAGCCGUGCCGCGCGCGUGAGCGCAAGCGUGUUUGAACCGCCUCCAGUAGGGAGUCCCGAAGCUGCGAGGGAGAGGGAUGAACAUAGGGAUGCGGAGGCGUUCAGAGCGAGGAUUGAGGCGCUCAGAAGUGACGUUGGUGAGGGGUGGCUGAAGAUGUUUGCGGAGGGCCAGGUUGUGGGGCCUGCUGUCAGUGGGUCAUAG